AUGCAGGUUGGAGAAAAUCUGCUGAUCUUUUUUGACUCAGAGCAAAGUCCCUUCAUAACUCCUCUGUAUAAAACUGGACUCAGUCUCGGUCAGCAGUGGCACCGCACCAAGAUGCUGAACGUCAGUGAGCUGGCUCUGCCGUCUCAGGGCUUCAGGCCAUCGGACCGUCUCCUGCAGCCACUAUGGGAUCACUUGUGUCUUCACCACCGGUCUCUCAUCUCGUCUCCCUUUUUCAUCAUCAUACUCGCCUUUUUCAGCUACUGCUUCUUCAGUGUACCCUUUGCUGUUUUGGACCUUCUGGGAGAAAGGGUCCCUUUAUUCCACAAGUACAAGAUCCAACCAGACAGGCAGCCGACACUGAGGAUGAUGGUUAAAAGCUUCAUGACGGCUUUAUUUAACCAUAUUUUCUUCGUUCUACCAGCUGUAAUAAUCAGCACGUUCUUUCUGCCGCAACCAAUACUUCCAAGGGAGGCUCCAACCUUGUUUGAGCUAGUCACCGAAUCACUGGCUUCUCUUCUCCUUUUUGACACUCAGUACUUCAUCUGGCACUACAUCCACCAUAAGAAUUCCCAGCUUUACCGCUGGGUUCAUGCGGUCCACCAUGAGUACAUGGCGCCAUUCUCAUGGUCUACAGAGGAGCUCAGCAUCCCAGAACUGAUGACUGUGGGAUUCUGGAGCAACAUGGACCCGGUGUUUUUAAAGUGCCAUCCACUSAGCAUUUGGUGCAUGAUGGUUUUCAGCCUCUGGAUGUCCGUGGAGGACCACAUAGGCUAUGACCUGCCGUGGGCCCUGAACCACCUGGUGCCCUUCGGUCUGCUGGGGGGUGCACCGGCUCACGACAUGCACCACCAGAAGCCAAGCAGCAACUACGCCCCGUUCUUCAGACACUGGGAUCGAAUCUUUGGCAYGGCUGUCCCUUUGAAGAAAAAACCUAGAACAAAAUAGGAAAAAUAUUGUCUUGUAUGUUAAUCGUGUUUGUAUUUUUUUACUGAAGAUUUAAAAAACUUCAAACUUUAAACACUCAUCUGUCCUAUUGGGUAUUUCCAAGCUGCAAAAGGUAGCAUGACCAUGUUGCGCAAGACCUGAUCAUCCGUUCUCCCCCAUGUUUAUGUGUGUGUAAAAAGAAUGGUUGUUUUUAACUGCAAGUUCUUAGUCUGUGAAUGUUCACUGACAAUAAAACUGAUUCUGAAUAAAGGGUUGUCUAAUUAAAUCUAUGAAGGUUUGGAGAAUUGCCCUUGUACAGUCUUUGAUGUGAAAAAUAUUUUUUUGAAUAAAUAUAUAUUUGAAAUACCAGUGACUGUAGUAGUUUUUAACUUCACGUUUAGCUGUUUGUGCACACAGUUGCACUUCAAUCAACAUCUUGCAGAGAACCUCUKAAACUUGUAAGCUCAUCAAAAUAAGAGUCCUGCUUCUCAAUCCUCUUAUACAAUACAAAGACUUGGAAAGUGCUUUAGUCACCAACAUUUUACUACUUCUAAGAAAGAUUUUUGAUUAAAAUAUUUUUAAAAAAUGGCAAAAGCUUAAUAUUCUAGUUGUACAUUUUCAUUUGGAUCUUGGAACAUCUAAGUCUUAAGGCAAUGUCACAGAACAUUUUACAAUUCAUGCCAUUUUAUGAAAGGUCCCCAUUUGGGAUUUGAU